AUGAAGUCCCUCGCGCUUCUGCUCAUCUCGCUGGCGACUUCCGUCUCGGCUCGUUCUAUCGACACUGACCCCCAGCAAGCAAUUAUUCCUCUAGAUGGACAGUCUGCCAUUCAAGACCGGGCUUUGAUUGAAUUGAGCCCCGGAGAGACGAGAUGGGUGUCGGAGGAGGAGAAAUGGGAGCUCAAGAGAAAUGGAGUCAAGUUUAUGGACAUCACCGAGAAUGGAGAUACAUAUCCAUACGCGGUCGAUCCUGAAAUGGCUGCGAAUUCAAUCGUCUAUCCCUCGAAGCCCGAGCACAAGCAUGAGGUCAAGGCGUUGAUGAAGACGUUGGACAAGGACAACAUGCGCAAGCACCUUGAAGGUCUCACCUCCUUCCACACGCGCUACUUCAGAAGCCAGGACGGCAUUGAUGCAGCCCUGUGGUUGCAUGACCAGAUUGAAGAAGUGAUUGAAGCGUCCGGUGCAUUCAACUACAGUGCUUCUUUGAGCCUGUUCCCGCAUUCAUGGGGCCAAUCAAGCAUCAUUGCGCGGUUCCCCGGGCGGACAAAUCACACCAUUGUGAUCGGCGCUCAUCUGGACAGCGUCAAUAUGUACUUCCCUUACCUCCGUGCCCCUGGCGCCGACGAUGAUGGCAGCGGAACGGUGACCAUCCUCGAGGCCUUGACGGCGCUGCUCGGGUCAGAGAAGAUUGUGACCGGCUCAAGUGAGAACACGGUAGAGUUCCACUGGUAUUCGGCCGAGGAGGGUGGACUUCUCGGGAGCCAGGCCAUCUUCAAGUCGUAUCACGAAGAAGGAAAGGACAUCAAAGCCAUGAUUCAGCAAGACAUGACAGGCUACAUCGAGCAAACCCUCGCGCACGGGAAGCCUGAAUCCGUUGGAGUGAUUACCGACUUUGUGGACCCAGCUCUGACGCAGUUUGUCGAAGGCAUUAUUACCGCCUAUUGUGACAUCCCUUACACCCUGACCAAAUGUGGAUAUGCGUGCUCCGACCACGCGUCGGCGAGCAAAUACGGCUAUCCCUCAGCAUUUGUGAUCGAGUCGGAUUUUGAAUAUUCGGACAAGAAGAUCCACACUUCAGAGGAUCUCAUCAAGUACUUGAGUUUUGACCAUAUGCUCCAGCAUGCCAAGAUGACGCUGGGGUUUGCAUAUGAAGCUGCCAUGGCCAAGUUCUGA